AUGGAUAUGGCUACAAUUAAUGUCCAGCGAGGACGUGACCACGGUCUACGUUCGUAUAAUGACUAUCGCAAACUUUGCCGACUCCAACCUCUCACCAGCUUCAAUCAGUGGCCAGAAAUCACCGAAGCAGCUGUUCGUGAACGCGUAUCACAACUGUAUCGAACGCCAGAUGAUAUCGACUUAUACGUUGGUGGGACCUUGGAGGAGCCAAUUGCUGGCAGUGUCGUUGGUCCAACAUUUGCAUGUAUAAUUGCUGAACAAUUCGUGCGACUUCGCGAUGGAGACAGAUUCUACUAUGAAAACAGCGGAAUAUUCACCCCCGCGCAAGUAGCAGCGUUAAAAGCAGUGACACUCUCGUGGGUACUGUGCCAAACAGGUGAUAGCAUGACAAGGAUCGUGCCGAACGCUUUUGCCAUUGACCGCGGCGAAAAAGCUGUUCCGUGCUCAUCGCUGAAACCGUUGGAUCUAUCUGCUUGGAAGGAAUAG